CCUUCCCUUAGGUCUUAAGGAUCCUGAAACUUUAUCGUGGAUAUUGGAUUUGGUGAAACAGCAAUCAUGACUGUGGGCAAGAGCAGCAAAAUGCUGCAGCACAUCGACUACAGGAUGAGGUGCAUUCUGCAAGAUGGCCGGAUCUUCAUUGGCACCUUUAAGGCUUUCGACAAGCAUAUGAACUUGAUCCUCUGUGAUUGUGAUGAGUUCAGGAAGAUCAAGCCAAAGAAUGCAAAGCAGCCAGAGCGUGAAGAGAAACGGGUCUUGGGGCUGGUGCUGCUGCGUGGGGAGAACUUGGUUUCGAUGACAGUGGAGGGACCUCCCCCCAAAGAUACCGGCAUUGCUCGUGUACCACUGGCAGGAGCUGCAGGAGGGCCCGGGGUUGGCAGGGCUGCGGGCAGAGGAGUCCCAGCUGGCGUUCCGAUUCCACAGGCUCCUGCAGGAUUAGCAGGCCCAGUCCGAGGGGUAGGGGGACCCUCCCAGCAGGUAAUGACUCCACAGGGACGAGGCACCGUUGCAGCUGCUGCUGUGGCGGCCACUGCCAGCAUAGCUGGAGCCCCCACUCAGUACCCACCAGGUCGGGGGACUCCCCCCACCCCUGUGGGACGGGCAACCCCCCCUCCAGGCAUUAUGGCUCCUCCACCUGGUAUGAGACCACCCAUGGGACCACCGAUUGGGCUUCCCCCUGCUCGGGGGACCCCGAUAGGCAUGCCUCCUCCAGGGAUGAGACCCCCCCCACCUGGAAUCAGAGGUCCACCUCCCCCAGGAAUGCGCCCACCAAGACCCUAGGAUACUGUUGGUCCUUAGUCACUCUUUGCCUGCACUGUGUCUUGUGAAAACUGUGUAGAGUGUUUGUGAGCUUCUGUCCCCUCUGCAGCAUUAAUAUUCGCUAAUAAAUGCAUAGAGCAAUUAAACUGUGAGGUACUGUUGUACAUUUUGUUGUCUAUUGGUUUUGUUGAGGUCACAGUGACACUGCGUGUCCUUUAUUACGGAUGAGGUGUCAAGCCUUCCAAGAAACUCAUUUAAAUAAGUUUCUUUAACUCUUAUGAUAGAAUGGUUGUGAUCAUUGUUUCAGCUUCCUAACAUUUACUCUGUUGAGUGGUGUUAGUUAAUAACCUUGACACAUAAGGAAACAUGGCCCAAGCGGCAGUUAUGUGGUGGAGCUGAGACACGUGCCUGGGCUCCUCCACCUCGCAGUGCCAGACACACUGCAGGGAGGCUGCAAGGAUGCCAAAGGUUUCACGAGGGCGUGUGCAGAAGGAACCUGUAGCAUGGAAUCGCAGCGUGUGCGAUAGGAGGCACACCUUUGGGAAGUUCAUACCUCCAUUUUCCAGCUCACACAGCGCUCUGUGUCCCAUGUCACCAGAGUAUGCACACAAUCCUGGGAUAACCAUCUUCUCCUGCCCAUGCCCAGGUGUGUAUGUCAGUGAUUACUUUCCAUCCUUUAAAUCAUGGCCUUUGAAGUAAAUAUCUCCCAAGGACACUGGACAUUCAAAAUGACAACAGUUGCUGUUGAUAGUCACUAUCAGUUGAUGACUGAAAAGCAGCGGGAGUUUGAGCAAUGAAUUUUCUGACAUGUCAGUAUGGAUUCUACCGAGCAUCAAGGCUGAAAACCAUGUUAACUGCAUUUAGGACAGAAACGAAAACCACUCCAGGUAAAGUAAUCUUACAAAGAAAGGUGUGUGUUACAGAGGCCUUGGCUAGAUUUAUGAUGAGAAAGGACCUUGUCUGAACAUAAUGAUUUCAAAUUGUGAGCUUUAAAAUGUCACUGAAAUCAGUCAACGUGCCUCACUAGACUUUUUAGAGAACACUAUUCGAGAGAAUACGGUGUCAAAUGUUAAAACUUCGCAUACUCUACAUGGCAGGUGUAGACACUAGUACACAUGCCAGUUCCUCCAAACAUCAUUUUAAAAAAUUUUCAAAGACAUUUUGAGCUAAUUCUUUUUUCUUCUGUAUAUAUUUUAUGAUGUUGAGAGCAACAAAGGAAGCUCAUCCUUGGAUCCCAGAAGGCACAGAUCUGUAGUGGGACCCAAGCCAGGACACAUGGAAAGGAGGCCCCUACCAUCUCUUGGAUUCAACACCAAGUGCCAGAGUUGUAGGUGUCUGAUGUCCAGGUAGGAGCGGACCUCAUAGGGCAGAAACACAAGGAGUGCAGAAAACGCCUUCACAUGGACUCCGACGCUGUGUUUGAGGACCAUUUAUUUUGUUUUUGCCUCUCUUCAGUUGUCUAUCCCCUAGAACAGCGAUUUUCAACUGUUGGUUCCUGAAGAGUUUUUAAAACACACAGAACCAAACUACUUAGGGGCAUUGACCUCUUUUACCUUAAAGAUUGUCCAAUUUCAAAACUGAAAACAUCCAACACAGUAAUUUGCUGUCUGGUGUGAAUGGAUCAGAAUUACACCUUUUUUGUCAGAUUGGCCAAAAUACAUAUUUUUGGUUUGCAUUAGAAUUUCAAUAAUUAGUUGGUGAGCCCUGAGAUUAAAACAGUUGAGGAUCGCUGUGCUAGGUCACUGGGUAUAGGGCAAUGACAUAGCAAAUGUUUAAGAAAUGGCUGUAUUUGUUUCAUAGCAUUUAUGUUUCAGUUGAAUUUAUGGAGAUACUAAUUUAUUCAGUGUUACAGUAAUAACUCUUUAAGUACUUUACAGUCACUCCUUAUAGUGGAAUAUGGAGUGAUUAUAUAAUCUAGGCCUAUCCGAUUUUCAGCUCCAUACUCCUACCCCAGAAAGGAGUCAGCCAUAGAUAUUCCUAGACAGUGCAUUUGUAGGGGACCCAUCUUAGCCAUUAUUGGUCAAAGUAGAAAUCAGAAAUAACUGUGAGGUCACAGGGGUGAGAGGGCUUUAGUGGAAAGACCAGGAGAAGAGCAGUAUUUGAAAUGUAGCCCAAAGGAUAUCAGCUCUGGAUGUGAGUGUUGGUGAAUGGUUUCAGCAAGUGCAUCUCUGCCAAAAGUACGCAGGCAGCCUGUGUAGGGGACAUCUGUGGCUUCAUUUCCUUUCUCAAAUGGUAGAUGAAGAAACCCUAAGUGACUCUUUUCUUUUACUCACAUGUGCCGGGGGCCCUAGUAUCCUUGGGGCAGGGCCACAACUGGCUUGCUGGCUCCUUGUAUGGCAGCAGUGUCUUGCAAUUCUGGAACCUAUGUGGCUAACACAACAUGCCCUCAACUCACCUGUGAUUGAGGAAUGGUUGGACAGGAAGACUUGGCCGGGUGAAUUCUUUCCUUUCGUAGGCAGGGUUAAUCUUAAAAAUGCAGGUGAGGUGGCCAAGCUGCAAGAAAGCCGUUGAUAGCUCAACUGGAUGUUUUAGGUUGUAGAUGACAUUGUACUAGAUUUGUAGUGGAAGAGAGUAACAAAAUGACCUAGAUGGAGUAGAAUUCAUUAGGUUGUCUGUUCCCAUAUUAUCUAGAACAUACUUGUACAGACAUGAUCACUUGUCCUGUGGUGGUAAAAAGGUAUGAUUCCUGAUAAGAGUGCUUUUCAGUCUGUUAUGAAAUGUGUCAAAAAGUAGUUUGUGUGCUGUUUUUCCAAUGAUAAAAUUAGAUGGUAUUACCAUAGUGCUUUGGUUUCUUAUAUCAGAGUUAUUAGACCGCAGCUUAGACUGCCUUCACAGUCCUCCCAAUUGCAGUGUUUGCAGACAGGUCAUUGGACUUGGCUUCACCUGUUUCAUCUACCUUCGUUUUGUCUGACUGUUCUCAUUGAUUCUUGGUACUGAUUUUUCCCAUGUUGGGGUGUUUUGAUUGAUGUUUUCAAUGUAGUUUAGGUUCUGAAAUUGGAUCAGAAAAUAGGAAGUUGUCAAUACUGUUAAUUCUUGGUGUUCCAUCCAUCUGUUGUCAUAUGCAUAUUCCAGUUUUCAAGUGGUAAGACCAUUUGCUUGGGGAAGUGGAAUCUAAGGUAUUACAUUUUGUUUUAAGACUCCAAAGAUCUCAGUGUUGUUCUUUCAGAUUGCUGGGUUAUUGUGUUAGUUUCCCCCCAGAUUUUCACCUAAAUUAUGUGUCAGUUGAAUGACAUCCCUUCCAGAGAUGAUAAAUCCUCCUUCUCCUCAGCGGGGGCCUUUGCAUUAAUACAGCUGUGCAGUCUGCAGGUAGUAGUGUUUUGAUCGAGGUGUGCUCCUGUUGGGAAGACCUUGGCUCGACUUAUGAUGAGCUGUGUUUUCUGAGCAUGACCGCGUGAAGCUCAAUCUGAGUACUCUGAAGUCCUGCCCAAGUGUCCGUCAAAGGACGUGGGACACACCUGUUCUAACACAUGCUCGCAGGCUGUUUUUUUUCUCCAAAGGUUUCCCCCAUCAGUAUUGUGCAUGGAGAAUGGAGGUGCAGGUUUACCCAGUGAAGUUGAGGAAGGUGGGUUCUGAUCCACUGCUCUGGUUUCUUUUUUUGUAUAUAGUAUCUUUAGUGCUUGUGACAUUGGUGCAGCCCACCUUUGUCUUUCAUUGUGCAUUUCAAGUGAUAACUUUAAGAGAGGAUGGACUUGGGAGAUACUGUGGUUUUUAAUUUCUUCAUACAUCAUGAUUCAGUUUCAGCCUUGUACCAGAAUUGACUAAGAACAUGUCCCCAACCCAGGAGGGGCUCCAGUUUACCACAUGAGUGAGAAAGUGCCAGUUUCUUGUCAAGACAUUGCUUUGUUGGCUAUUAAGAUAACACUUUAAAAAUAUAAGUCAUCUUUAAUUCUUUUUUAGUGAGUUGCCACCUAUAUUUUGGCAGGACACAGUUGAAGAGUUACAAUUUUGGGGUCUGAUUGAAGGGGAUAUAAUUGGCAUUUGGUGGAUCUGAGCCUUAGAGCAAGGAAGGGUUUUGCCUUUUUGGAAGUGGGUCUGUGCUCCCAACAUCAUUCUUCACUAUCUGUCUUUCUUUGCUGGAGUAAUGGAUCUUGUAUUAUCUGAGAUUGACGUUCUUUGAUUAGAUGUUUAUGCUUUGCUUAUUGUAGCCAUUGUGAGGGGGUUGAAUAAUAAUUAAACAGGUGUUUAGAAAACCUGUAUAAAAAUGUUACCAUGGACAGUUGAAUGUACUAAGACCUUAUCCUUAAAUAGUCACCUUAAUUUGUUAGUGUGUGUGUGUGUGUGUGUGUGUGUGUGUGUGUGAGCAACUAAGUGUAAAUAUGGUGUGGGUGUUUAUGCUGUGAUGAGUGAACAGCUUCUAGUGAAGAGCUGUUGGGGUUCCAAUGAAUUACAUUCUUUUUAAAGUAAGUUAGUGUUUUCACAGUUCUUUACCUUAGUUAGUCCCUAUUUCCCUGCCAGAAAUGUUUAUAUACUUACUACCUCAGAGAUUUGUUUGGUUUCCCUCAGUGUUGCUGAUUCUGAGCAGCAGGAAUAGGCUGAAGGAAUGAGAGCAGGAGGUCACCUUUUACUACCUGAGAAGGAGCUGAGAGGAAAGGACUCAAUUUUAGGCGUCUGUUGAGGUAUAGAGUUGUCUUAGAGUCAUUCGACCUUGGCUGUUUGGUACAACCUAGAGUGGUCACUUACUGUGGAGAGAAGGACACUGGUAAGCUGCUGGGUGGGCCCCAUGCCGAUGGGGGCAGGCAGGUGACUUAAAGGAAGUCCCUUCACAUUUGAAUCCCUGGAAGAUGGUCAGCUUUUUGUUUCUUGGAGGACGGAGGGCUAAUAUGAUCAAACUCAUCAUUCUUGAACCUGAUGACAGCAGGUCCAGCGCAGCUAGUGGUGACAAUAACGGAAGGACUGCGUUGGCACUGUGGUGGUGAAUGCAGUGGUGGGAGAAGGAAAGAUAGGAAGGGAAAAGAUGGCUUUAAAGGGAUUUUUUGAUGUCUUUUUGUUGUCCAAGAGCAAGAGGAGACGUGUCCCUUGAUUGCUUACUUUGUGGAGAUUAGGACUCAGAGACACCAUCCACCCACCCCAGUGUGGUUGAAUUCAGCGUGCCUGCCUCCCACCAGCUUUGUCCUGUGAGGCUCCAUGUCCUUUUCCUGAGAUCACUGCAUUGACAUCCUGGGGUCUUCUGUGGGUGGAAGGGCUCCUCCUGCUGUGGUUGUUGGCGUGGUCCUGUGGUUUACAAGUGUAGGCAGCUGAGAGGAAGUCAAACUUUUCUCCAACUCCAGUGCAUGUGAGAGUCACCUGGCGGGUUGUUCAGUUUUCAGUUUCCUGGGUCUGAGAAAUUGAUAUGCUCUUGGUUGAGGCACAUAGAGAACAUCUGGGUUUUCAUUUUCUGAAAGUGCUGUUGUAUGAACGCUAAAUUUAUAUGGCUGCGGGUUCAUUACAGGACAUUUAAAAUGAACAAGAACAGGCAGUUUUGAAAGAAAAUUGGUUGUCUUACAAAGUGAGUGGAAAAUGCUGUAUUUUUUUCUUGUAGUACAACAAACUGGCAACGAAUGACAAUAGCCCCUGGAAUCAAAUGCAUGGGCGGACACACUUCAGAAUUAGGACAAUCUGAAUCCAUAUGUCUUACCAGAACAAAUUGCCAGUAUUCAUUUAUAUGAUGUACCUUUGUUGAGAAAGCGAGAUAGUUUUUUAUAAUUUUUCUAAUAAUCAACUACUACCCAAAUUUUCACCUGGUUCAAUUUGUAUAAAAAUGACCAAUACACAGAAAUUUCCAGAAAAUCAGAUUUUUAAGCACUUUAAAAAACAGAGGUGAUCUCACUAGUGUGCUGAUUUCUUAGACAUGGCAAUUUCUGCCUAUUGCUGAGGCUUUAGGGGUGGCAUUGUAUCUAGUUGGUGUUGGUCCUGAACCAUAUAUAACUUUACUUGGCAUUUAGGCAUUUUGUUUUAACCAUCCACUUCUGGAUCAUUUUACAUGGGCCAUAAACUGGCAACACCAAUGAACUUUUCUGGGUGAUACUCUUCACUGGGGAAAUUUCAAAAUGUAUGUUAUAGCUUGGCUGUAAAUACCCUGCUAACUAUAUUUUAUAUUGAAAUUGAGUACUGUUUGUGUAAAUACGCUUCUCUGUGGGAAUGGUGUUAACAGUGGACAGUCUGCUUUACUUACGAACUUUGAAAGUCGGCCUCCUCAGCUGGGGUUUCUCCACACUUGGAAGUGCUGACGAAUGUACAUGCAAGUCAGAGUCACCCCUCCAGGGGACAGCACACGAAGCAGGAGCCCAGACAUGAAAGAGAGAGACUUUUUUUCUGCGGCUUGGACUGAAAGGAAAAAUUACGGAGUUUUAAAAAUUGUGACUUAGAAGGAACUCUUGAAACUAGGAGACUUCUUUUUCUGAGGGAUCGACUGAAUAAAAUGAGAAAUCAUGGAGGAUUUUAAAACAUUAUAACUCAAGAAGGAACUCUAAUUUGAGAUGGAGACCUCUCUAUGGUUUGGACUGAAUAAAAAGAGAAAUCAUGGAGGAUUUUAAAAAACUGUGACUUAAGAAGGGACCCAAACCUGAAAUAAGGAGACUUCUUUUCUGUGGCUAGACAAGGAGUGUGAAGACAAGGAGAAAUCACAGGAUUGUUAAAAAACCAUGCUUUAUCAUUUCUAUGAGAACAAGUGACUGUAAUGAUACUGGUUUUCUUACUUUUUAUAGGAUGGCAGGAAAUGUGUGUCAUAUUUUCCUAAUACUUUUUUGCAUCAUGUGUAACUCUGGUGAGCGUGACUGGAUGCCACAGAUUUCACCUUCAGAUGGACAGGGUGUUUACUGAGUGAAUGACAGUCUUAAGUGAUGUCAGAAUAAUGAUACGAAAAUCCAUCCCUCAAAUUACUCAAAUCACAGUGCAGACGGUUUCAUAAAAACCCUCAAUUACUGAGUAAUACCUUUUCUGAGAUUGGGAAAAUGGAUACAAGAAGGCAUAGGCUGACUUUUCUGAUAUUCUUUGAUUGGGAGAAAAGAAAUUAAUGGUUUAUCAUUGGCCUUGAUGUCAUUAUUACUCUUCUGUGUCUAAGGCUGAGCUGGAAUCUAGUAUGGAUUUGAUGGAUAAUGAGUAAUUUUGCUAUAGUGGUACAUUGUUAUAAGUUAUUCAUAGAAUUCAUUUAUAAAUGAACAAAAGGUAUAAGAAAUGAGACUUACACAGUCAAGGCAAAAUUUGGCUUCCAGGUUAGACCAUUAUUUUUCAUAUUCUUUAUAAAGGUUUGAGUCAAGAGAAAGGGCAUUUCAUUGUGCCACAGUGCAGAGUGCAGAGAAUUGGGUGAUGCUAUCUUAAAUUCAACUUGUUUAUUCCAUUCCAUUAUUUCCACAACAGUGCCAAAUUUCAGUUUGGGGCUUUGGCGGAAAGAGGUGUCCCUUAAAGUUGUCUAUUUUAUUAUAUGAAUCCAUCUGUUCAGUCUAGCUCCCUGGAGGAUAAAACAACAUGUUUUAACAAAACAAGCAUGUUUUCAUUUUAAGCAACCUCUUGUACAUCUGGGUAAGAGUACUUGGCUACAUAGAAAAGGUGAAAAUGCAUCCAUCAUUAUAUAGGUUGGUAAAAUACUACAUUGGUUAUUUUUCUUUGCUUUUUGUAAUGUACAUAAGCAACUUAUACAACUCCUUGGAAAAGAAAAGACUUUGAACAGUUUAUGACAAAAUCAUGUCCACAUGUGAAAUAUCUCAAUGUCUUCUACAAAUAUUUCAAAAUCAUUGUACGAUAUAUUUGAGUAUGACUUUUAUAGAAAUGUAAAAAGGACAUGCCAGCUAGGAGGUGAGGAGGUGGUUGUCAUCGGUGGACAUAGAUGGAGCCUAAGAAAGACGGACAGGGGUUUGACCCUGAAACCUCAAGUGUCGAUUGCAUGGAGGAUGCUGUUCAGACUCCAUUGGGUAGAGCUACCCUCCUACUUGAGAGUUUCAACAUCUUUAAACUGUAUUCAAAUUUCCAACCAGUCGCCUUACUUCUGUCUCCAGAUUCUCUAUUUCAUGUGCCAGAGAAGUUUUUGGGACAGAUGAAGAACCACAUCGUGUUUCAACAGUGUUAGAAAUAAGCAAUAAUCGGAGAAGAGAACAAAGAUUAUGUAAACUGGUAAUGUUUAGAGCAUCUUUUACCACUGUCAACGGGAGAUGUUCCACUCACAGUCUCUGAACGUUGGGAUUCUUCAAAUCUGUGAUUCUCCUUCACUGUUACCUUCUGGUCUGUAAGAAUCUCCUGAAGUGUGUACAGCAAGAAACCAGUGUGACUGCGACCCAGGAUGAUGUACAGAUUCUCCAAAAAGCUCUUUUUCAUGAACGUAGAUGAGCAGGAGAUCACAGCCCCGAGGGACUGUACCUGCAUUGGUAACCAAUUCUUUGUCAAGUUCUGGAGAAGCCUGAACUGUUGUGUCCCGAACUGUUUGGACAGCUGUGGGAUUCUCAACCUCAGGCUGCCUUACGGGGUCUUUGGCCAGAUCAAGAGCAACUCCCUGCCUCUGAUCUGUAUCUGUGCCUGGCCCAACAGCAUCAGGACAGCCUCUCUCAUUGUGUGUUGCUCCCCAAAAGGCGAGUGUGUGAAGGGCGAGGAUUGAACUGAAAUUUAUUUUAAGCAGACAACUUGUAGUAUUGGGCUUUUACAGACAGUAUCAAGUAGCCAUAAGCCAACCUUGCAGGAAUCUGGGGAAAAAAAUGAAAAGGACGGCACAUUUGAGUUGAUCUAGAAGCUUUACCAGCUACAAAAACAAAGACAAAAUAAAUGUAGAUUUAUACUGUUUUGAACUUCACCCUGUCUUUCAAAUGUUUACAUUUCAUUGGACAUCUUUGGAUUUGGAUAAAAAGGAUUUUUUUUUUUUUGGUCAUGGAUUAUCAACUCAGCUUCAUAAGGUUUACCAUGAAAAGCCAUGCAUUUGGGACUUUUCCUAUGCAUGUGUGAUACAGUUUUUUUUAACUCCCCAAGCAUUUUUAACACAGCCCAAAAUCUAAUUCCACUAAUUACUUCAUUGGACACAAAGAUUGUGUGUGGGUGAUGGUAUUAAAAUGUAAAUAUAAAACUGCAUAAUGAAUGUAUAUGAACUGUUCAUUGUUGUUAGGAGAUGAAGAGAAUGAAGUUCAACAUGUGAUGGUUUCAUUGUAUUUUAUUUUGUUUACUUAAAACGUUCUUGGAAUAUAAUACUCAAGCACAGAGGCCUACAUUUAUAAACAAAUUGUUAUUUUAGAUAACAUUUUAAACGGUGGUUGUGAUAUUAGAGCUGGUUUCCUAGGAAGUUUCUAAUAACAUGUUUGAUAAAAUUGUCUUCUGGAAAAUAUUUUGGACAAGAAUUCUGAGGACGUUUGUAAAGAUAACACAAUUCUGCAUUCAUUGUGUGCUCAGGGAUGUAAAAGGAAUGGAGUGCUUAAAAUGUUAAUCAGGAAAAAAGUAAGGCACUAGUAUUGUGUGCAUAUUGAGAAUACUGUGCAUGAAAAAACCAAAUACAAUUGUUUUCUAACUUUUCCUGAUACAAUUAACAAAGCUUGGUAAAAUAUAUAGCAGAAAUAUUUUAAUACAUGAUUAUAAAACUAGAACUGUCAGAAUACCUCUGAAUAAUGUGCAUUUAAAAUCAUUUGAAUAGCUUAUUGCUGUGGGACGUUGGGGAAGGGGGUUUUCCGUAUACAGCUUGUCAUGUGGACAUGGUAUUCAGGCUGCUCUGCGGGGCUGUAGAUGUUACUGUGUAAAUGGUGUCUCUGUUAAAACAUGUGUGGUGUGAGGGAACAGUCUCUCUAUGCUUGAUAGCAAGUGCAGAGUUCUGUAGGCUUUAUGAUGACUCUUCAAGUGCUGUUACACCAUCUUAAUCAAGCAUGGAGGUGGCUUACAUUUGGGGCUUUACUCCAAGCUCAGAUGUUGGGAACCCACAUAAGUUUUAUAAGUGUUCUAAUGUUAAGUAGGUAGAUUUUCAACAUUAAUUUAUUUCUGCUACAUACUGCUAUAUAUUUUGUUAUAAACAGUGUUAUGAAUGUUAAAUAAUUUUGUUUUGAUAAGCAAUUUGCUUCAUGUGUAUAUAUAUAUUACUGUAAAUGUACUAUAAAUAUGUAUCAACUUACUAGGAUAGAAUCUUUUUUGUUUGCCAAAGAUGUUAGAUGUAGACUCUCUUGUAUGUUCUUUGUAUCAUUAGGCUCUGUUUUCAAGUUGCGGUGAAGACAAUGUGUAGGCCACUGCUUUAUGGCACAACUCACAACCCCUGAAGUAUGGCAGCUGUAGGUUUGCCUUUGUUCAUGGUUUCCUAAGUAUGUACAGAAAGAACACAGUUGUUGGCAUAGCUUGGAGUCAUCUCUACGUGUGAUAAAGCAGACCUCACUGGAAGAGGUUUCGUUUGCCAACGCAACUUGACUUUUAGUGAUAUUAGUGAGUUUUUCUUGUUUUCAAGUACUUUUUUCUAGUAGUAUAGGUGUUUUAUAUGUUUUACGGGGACAUUAGCAAUGGUAUAUAUCAAACCCAAGUUCAUUUAAUGUGGGCUGACAAAAGAAUGUUUUUGUAUUAUAUGUAUAUAGUAGACAUAGUAUUAUGUUUUUUAAGCAUAGGAGCUACUAUAUUUGCAUGUUUUAUAGGUAUAUUUAUUAUACAUAAAGUGCAAACUUUCCCUAUUGGUUGUCAUAUUAUCUCUGAAUAAAUAAUUGGGCAGCUGAAGGGGUAUUUUUUAGAUCACUGUAUAUAAAAUAGUUAGAAUGUGUAAGUUUUUGCUUUAAACUUUUAGUUCUUCAAAUAUAAGGAUUGUUUACAUAUUUGUAUGUGUAUACAUGUAUACACAUACGUGUACAUACAUGUAUAUGAGUGUAUAGAACUGCUCAUUAAAAGUCAGGAUAGAGACUUACUGGAAGAUACUGUGAGGCUGCUAGAUAAGUACAUAGUGGACAAAUGUUUUGUUUUACAACAUCUGCAUAGAAUUUGUUGAUAGAUGUAUAUUUUGUGACUACCAGGCUAAUCAAGUGAAAAACCUAUUUUGCAAAUUGAAUUGCUAUAGUGUGUCUAUUUGGGAUGUAUUUGGUUAAAGGUGAUUGUAUUAUUUUUUGUUUGUUUUGUAUAUAGAGGCUGAAUGUUUUCCAGAACAGUUUGGGACAUAGAACUUCUAUCAAUUUUAGAAGUGUGUGUUCACUGAACUGUUGAAUGUAGAGUCAACAUUUGGUCUAUGGAGUGUGCUUCUUCAUGAGUUAGGCUUGAUUUUGAGGAUUUGUAAGUUUUUGUGUUCUUGUGUUCAUUUCCCUUAGACAUUCUUUGUUAAAGUGUAGAAAUCAUUGCCAUUUAUAUUUUAAGCUGUGUAAACGUGUAUACAUUUUCUUCCUAUCUGAUUUUCGAAUGUUAACUGUUUAGACCGAGCAGGGAAGUUUUCGACUGCUGUAUGUAUAGUAGACAAGCUUCUUAGAGCAUGGGGACUUCCUAGGUGUAUAAAAGUGCCCUCUCUCCACGCGUAAUAGACGCGCACACACGCACACGCACACACACAGAGAGUAAAUAUUUUGAUGUUGAAUAUUAUAAAGGGGUGACUGAUCUGAUCAGAUCUUUGUUUCUAUACCACAUAACUUUGUAGAUAUGCAGAAUUUUCUGUCAUUGUAAAAUAUGUUUCAUCUGAAAUUAGAGCACGUGCUGGUUUUCUCUGGUGACAUGGCACACCAAUCUGGUCUGCUGCGAUCUUUAGACUGUGCUAUAUAUUCAUCUUUAAAACACUUGUUCAUCUCCUGGUACAGUUUGAAUUAUCAGAAACUUUAUAGAGUUUUUUGUCUACAUUUGAGUGGAUUAAUGGUUAUGGACAAGGGUAGUGGAUAGUGGAUGUUUUCUGAUCUCUUAACAUACGGUUCUUUUUCCAUGAUACCUACUUUCCUGCACACGCAUAUCUUACAGUCAUGGCAUGUUAAACUAUAAGGUUGAAAUACAAUUGCAAAUUACUUAAAAAAUGAUCUAGGUGGCUCUUUUGAUUUGUUAAAACACCUGUGAUUAUUAUAACAAUUGCUUUAGGACAGUUGGGCUUAGUGAGAUCUUGAUAAGAGACAGGAUGCUAGAGGGUAGAAAUUUUUCCCAGGGUAUCUUUCCCUUUUGUGUAACCUUCAUUGGAUUGCUGGCAUUGCUACAGACAAAUUACUUAAAAACUGUUUGUUAGUGAGGAGAUAGAGUAAGCAUUGAAAGUAUUUUUAACUAAAUUUAUUAUGGUGACUGGUUAGCAACAUAAUAUGUUUCAAGUGUGCAUUUCUACGAUGUAUCAUCUGAAUAUUUCUGUGUGCCCAUCACCCAAAGGCAGAUCAACCUGUUACAAUGUGUUGGGUCUCCUUGACCCUUUACUAGCCCCCAACAACCCCUUGCCUACAACAAGAAUGAACCUCGAGAAUAUCAUGCUAAGCAAAGUAAGUUGUCAGAAAAAGCUGAGAUCUGUAUGAUUUCACUCAUGUGGGAUACAAAGCUUUGAAAGUAUUUUUACCUCAUGUUUUUAUUUAGAAGAAAAAUUAGAUAGUAAUCAUUAAAUUGAUUUUAUAUAAAUUAUCCAUUUUAUAUAAAAAUACCUCUAUUUCAGGGACAUGUGCGGUAGUUAUAUUUUCUUUUCCCAGAUACUCUGAGGUUCACAGUGAAAUUUGAUUUAACAUUUACAGAUUCUCUAAAAUACGUGGUUCUGUGUUCAUUCGUUACACAGCAAUAACCAAGACAACUUUGUAAAUAAUGGACAAGUGAAAUAUCUGGAUGUACUGAGAGUCUCAUAAAGUAUAAUCCUGUAAAUAUUUUACUGUAAAUUUGUUACUACCAUUGUUUUUUAAAAAUACCGUGGCAAAGAAAUUAACCAUUGAGAAAGAGGCUCUUGGAGCUUUGAAAAAUUUAUAUAUUAAUUUGGUUAAGAGGAGAAAUGGACAAGGUAUAAUGCAUUUGCCCCGUUCUCGAAGAACAUUUUGACAAUUAUGAAUUGUUAUUUUGGAAUACCAUGAGGAUAUAUUUAGUGUUUUUGGAUGUACCAAGCUUCCUGAUAUGUUUCUCUUAAUAUUUUUAUGAAUACUUUUGAAAAGCAGUUUUAAAUUCACAGCAAUAUUGAGGGGAAGGCACAAAGACUUCCCUUCCCCACACACAUGCAUAACCCUCCUUGCCAUCAACCCGAAAUUCGGGAAUGAUGCCUACUGUUAAUACCCCCACCAGAGGGGCACAUUUGUGACAGUUGAUACACCUACAUUGAAACACCAUAAUCACCCAAAGUCCAUCAUUUACAUUAAAGGUUCAGUCUUGGUGUUGUACAUUCCAUGAGGUUAUGACAUACAUCCAUUAUUAUGGUGAACACAGUAUUUUCAUUGCCCUAAAAGUCCUUUGUACUCUGCCUAUUCCACUUUCUGUGUGCUUUUCUCUUUAUUUUAACAUUCAAGAUAUUAAUGACUUCAUUAAGCGGAUUUUAUACUACCUCUUGGAACUAUACACAGUUCUGUAUGUGUUCCCUUGGCUGCAUGACAAUAUUCAAGACAAUUUGUAAAUAACGGGCAGAUACACGUUUUUUACUUUUUGACAUCUAGUCUCAUCUAUAGUUUCUCUCCAGGUAUACUUAUGUAAAUAAUUCAUUGUAAAAUUCAUGCUGAUUUGUUGGAAAUGGGUUGACCUCUAAGUGGCUAGAAUGGUGGGUUUCUAGAGCGUGUACAUAUCUGUGACUUGUUGUUUGUAGGGGAAGGAAGGGUAAGAGGGAGUGUACCUUCACUUCAGACUUCUCACUGUACAGAAAAGUUUACAUUAAGCCAUUGUUCAGUGCUUGUAUUAUUACAUGUUAAAAGGCUACAUCAUAAUUGUGUAUUUGUAUUGCUAAUAGGGCAUUAUGUAUUUUAAUCAUAGGAAAUGUUUUUAUUAGAACUUCUGUUCCCUUUGAAUUAUACAAUUUUGUAUUUACUUGGGCUGCAUGACCUCAUUCAAGACAACUUUGUAAAUAACAGGUAUAUAAUAUCAAUUUAAACAUCUAGUUUUUCUAGAUGCUGGGAGUUUCGCAAAAUUUUGUAAAUACUUCAUGGCAAAUUAUAGUUGGCUUUUGUAAUAUUUCAGCAAUGUGACAGGUAAUUGGUAAAAAGUCUGCCUCCUAGGGCUCUAUAAACAUUCUGAUGUUUGUUGAGUGAGGUUUCGGGGAGAGAGGUUGACAGAUCAACCUUUUAUCUUCCUGUUAGGUUCUGAUUUAUAAGAGAAGAUUAGAAUGUACACCUGUAACAGAAAAUACACCUGGGAUGUACUUCAGUAGGAAGAAAAAGACUUGAGAAGGGAAUUGUCACUUGGUCAUGUUCACAUGUAUACAGUGAUACAUUCAGAGAUGGAAGAUGGUCACAUUGCUGAAAUAAUUGUACUUUUGCUAUGGUAGAUAAAUCUGCACAUUGACAUAUCCACAUAGUCAUAUGUAGUAAUGCACAUGCAUAUGUAAAAUUAGUUUUAUGAAUAUAGAUACGAUAAUGUUUAUUUUCACAUUUAUUACUUUACUGAUUUUAAUUUCCUGAUAAUUAUGGAAAUGGUAUUCUUAGUAUUAGACUGCUUCAGGUUACAUUUAAAUACAUGUUAAUUUUUAUAUAAGUAUAAACAGCUUCAUAUCUUAAUCUGUUUUCAUAUAUGCAUCUGUAUGAGAAUUUCUCUGGUUAUGAAUAUUUUUUUAAUUCUUUGAGAUAUUUUAAAGGUUUCUAGUGAAUUGGUAUAUUUGAAUGUUAUGUGACAAAUGCCAAAAAUGUUGUCAGUUACCUAUGGUGUAAAUUCUAAAAAGUACGAAACUUUCUUCAGAUAGGUGGUCCUAUCCAUUAUUGAUCAAAGUAUAUACAUAACAUCUUUUUGGUAAUGACAAUCAAAAUUGAAUGUGUAAAAUUUCAGAAAUGAUGUAGGUUACUGCUGUGAUUUUUAUCUAUCCCAACUCCCAGAUUUACGAAGAAGAAAGUAAGUUACAGAUCAAGUAUAACAUUGGCCACUGAAAUACACAUCACCAAAAGAUUGUAAUGAUGGUAUCUUAUAUGUCAUAAGUGUAGCUUAAACACUUGAUAAAACAUUCUUAAGUGGAAAUGUUUAAGUCAAUACUUAAAAUGGUCAUUUUUGAACAAAGACUGAGUAAUUGUGUGUUUACAGAGGUAUGAUCGUGUGCCUCUAGUUAUGCUCACUGGGGAAUGAGAUUGUCCUGUUAAGAUUAAAGACUUAAGGUAAUGAUUGUUCAUCAUCAUUGUGACUAUAAUGGUGAUUGUUUUGGCAUUCUUAAGUUUCUGUACAUGUACUAGUUAUAUAGUGAGGCAUUGUUUAAUCCAUAUAUACGUAUAUUGCUACACGACAAUCUACAAUGACUGUAACAAGUUACGAAAGAAAGUUGUCUGGAGGAUUAUGGCAAAAUUUAAAUGCAUGGAGAAAUUGGAAAAGGAGGACUGCUUGUACUUUAUGCAUUUAAAAUUGAAAAGGCAUUUCAAAUGGAACAUUUAACGAAUAAGGAAUUUUAACGAUACAACCAACUUGUGCCUGUCUUCAAUUUUGCCUAUAAACAUCUUGGGAAUAUUGGACCGUUGAGUCCUGCUUUGUAUUCCCAUCGGCCAUUAUGAAUGGUUUUUGAGUGAUCGAGAAGAACACGUGGCUGAGACAAAUGCAGCAGCGAGCUGUACACUAUAAUAAAGAGAGUCGAUCACCCAAGGAGAGAAGAAGGGAGAGGAUAGUAUUGGAGGUAAACAUGAUGAGAGAUAAACGUAUUUGCAGAUAAUGUGUGGACCGCUAACAACAGGAACAUCUGUCUUUCUGUGGAGUUGCUUUAUGCUUAAAUUUUAACUGAACCACAGGAGCUGAUAGUUCCAAGAAGCUGCAUUUUUUGCUGUCCUGUUCUUGUUAACUAAUCCCAAGAAUUGGCACCGCCAUUUUCUGCGGAGCAAUCAUGACUGCAGUGCGCUUUGCGCCCACCUCUACCAUGUCAUUGACAGGACUGAGGGUGGCCGGCUGGCUGGCUGUUCCUCUGAUGCAGGGAGGUCCCUUCAGGAGGCAGUAGUUUGUAUUCUGCUUUCUUCAAGCUUAAUGAAUUUUGGUGGCAGCUGGUGGGUCUUGAGAUAUGUUCAGGAGAUGACUGACCAGGAGCCCAUGUCCUUGUUUCUGCCACCAUCUUCAAAACCAAAAGACAAGUCUUCAUCAUGUGUUGGAGAUGCCACUAAUGUGCGUGGCCAUGGACACUUCAUACAGAUCAGAAACAUGGAACUGAGAAAGCUCGUGUGGGAAAGUGCCCUGAUGGGUGUCGUGGAGAGACUUGUAAGCAGGCAUGUUGGCUGUUUCCAUUGUCGCUGUUGGACUGAGUCCCAGGAGAUGGAGCAAGGGAGCCGUUUCUCCCAGGAGGCCUUGGGACAAGCUGUGGCGGGGCUCCCCGCGCGCUCCUGUGAGCACUGAGGGCAUGUGUCUGACUCCACGCACCGCAGGGUGGAUUUGAAAUGUAGUCACUAGAAGUUAUCAUGUGAUUUUAGAGGACAUAUAGUUAGUUAUUAAGUAUAUAAUCAGUAGUUUCCCCUCAAGUGCCUUUGAUUUCCUUUUUUCCCUUUACUACCCACUAUAGAAUUCCUUUUUUUUUAUUCUUUCAAUUAUAUUACAUUCAUUACUAUUUUAUAUUAUUAGAUUUAGGUGUUCAGCACAGUCAUUACAGUCUCAAGUACUUCAAAGUGUUCUACCCAAUACUUCAGGUACCCACCUGCAUCACAUACAGUUCUUACACUGUCACUGAAGCUGUUUCCUACAUUGUCAUCAUCAGUGGAGUGUCGUACACAACCUGGGUAGUCUUGGUGAACAAAUUGAUAGGUAGUGUUUUGGGGCCCAGAUACUUAACUACAUGUUGCCUGUGCAGUAAACGUGCAGUUGUAUUAACUUAUUUUUUUAAAUUUGUUCCAACUAAUUCAUUGAAAUCAUUUUAAUUCAUCAGAAAUGCUGGGGACUAAUGAUGUCCAACAUUGGUUAUUUUUUAGUCAAACACUAGCAUACCCCUAAUUGUAGAGCGUCCUCAUCAAUCUGUCAGUGUCUGUGAGAGUUAGACUAUAGAGCACAGCAUUUACAGUGUGGUGCCUCUGACAAGUCAUUCUUCCGUCAUUGCUCAGCACACUCAUCAUAGUCUUAAUUCUUAAUUGCCGUUUGAAUGAGAUCAUUUUCUUUUUUCCAGUUCCCGUGGAUUAUUAGUGUCUUUGUAACUGGAUUCUUAAGAGCUCAUUUAUGACUAAAAUGUUAACCAUAUCUCAUGCAUUGCAAAUGUAAUACCAUGUUUUUUGGUUUUUUACUGUGCUGUUUUUUUUUUGUUUGUAAGCAAGUUGUGUAUUGAAAUAUAAUCAUUCUGUUUUA